GAGCCGUCAGAUUCAGAACUAUCAUCUCGGUUUUUUUUUUCUAUUUCUAUCCCUGCUGCAGCAAGACGAUUUCAGUCAUUCCAGCGACGUCUUCGAACGCCAUCGCAAGAAAAGAAGCUCAGGCGACGAGCUCCCUAACCGUAGUAGCUCUUUCGGCGAUUCGUUUUUUCGAGCGCUAGUAGUGAUUCACGUCAGUUAGGAGUCUUGUAUCCCAAACGCUGCCGAGUCCAGGAGAAUGCAGUGCAAGGCCCAGCAAGCCGUCGCGCUCGGCGAGGCGCAUCAAUGGCGACAGCACCAAGAUCAGGACCAGCGAGGCUCGUUUCCAAGUCUCCCAGGUUCGAUGAACCGAGACUGCCGCACCGCCGCUAGGUCACCCUCCGCAGAAUCCGCCGCGUCUCGCGGCGGGUAUUCCGUUAAAGGGCUUCUGAACACGUUAAGAGGAGGGGUUUCCGGAAGCGGCGCUGCCAAGAGCGGUACGACGAGUCGUAGUAGCAAAAGCGGCGCAGGGACCGGCUUGGGGGCGGAACGCGGUGGGCUGAUCCGCAGUGCGGGGAACGGCGGGAAAACGGGCGGAAUGGACGGACACAUCCCGCGGAUAACGAUAUGUAGACGGAGAACGUUAACGGGAAUGGAGAGACUAGACGUGAACGUCAACACAGUCAGAGUAACGGUUCCAGACGAGACCAGCCCGUCGUUACAAUCACCCUCGUUACUACAGACACCCUCGCCACACCAGCAGCAGCAGUGUCAGCCUCCGCAAGCCGCACGGCGCUCCACCCUUCCGAUUCCGCGCAGUGUAGCUCCGCAGCAGCAGCGUCCCGCGCAGCAGCAUUCCGCGCAGCAGCGUCCCGCGCCGAGUCCGCGCGGCGGAAGGCCGCCGGUCUCGCCGCCCCUUCAGUCGCCUAGGCCAGCCGCGCCUUCCGCGGACUCCGCCGCCGCAUCCGCGGAACGUUCCGCGCACUCCGUGCGAAGGUUCAGCUCGUGCCCCGUGCGGUCGGAGGCGCAGCGGUCGCCGCAUUCCGAGGCGUCAAACGCGUCGGCCUCCGCUCCCACCGCUACCGCCAUUUCGUCGUUCCCGCUGGUCGGCAUGUGGGCGAAGCAGGCGAAACAGCCCGCACCGGGUGCGGCAGGGGGAAGCGAUAGUUCCGCCGUCGCCGCAGCGGCUGGUGGUGGUUCCUCGAGGCGGGAAAACCGCGCGCAGAAUGAGUUCCUGCGCCCGUCUCCCCGCGGCGGGGCUCAAGGCGUAUCCCACGGCGGGAAAGACAUCAUCGGUGCAGGUUCCGCGCGCGUGAUUGACGGCGUGGCCGAGGGAGCGGAAGACGCCGCGUCUGACGGCGCGUCUGACGGCGGCGAUUCCGACGACGAGUUCGUGGGGCUCUAUUGGACGGCCGUGGAGCACCGCAAGGUGGCGAAUGCGGCGCUUUCCACGGCGCUGAACAGGCUCGGGGUGGGCGCAGGGGGUGUGACGGGGGAAGCAACUAUGGGGGGGAGCGCGCGUCACGGGGAGCGCGUUAAAGGUGCGGAAGGGUUCGGCGGAGAAGGGACGGCGGACGGGUAUGGCGGAAGGCGGAGGCGGAGCAGCAGCUGGGGGGACCUUGCGCAGCAGCAGCCACUGCAGGGAGGGCAGGGGGACAGGCAGGGGGACCGACGGGGGGACCGGCAGGCUGCCGCUGCUGCUGCCGCUGGUGUUUUCGCGUUUCCCAAAUAUGGUGCUGCUAACGGGGCUUCUUGUAACGGGGAUGUUUCCGGCCGUCCGGGUCCGGGGCACAGGCGGCGGCACAGCAUCACGUGCAUGGACUCGGAGCUGAAGGAAUUCCUUGACCUGGUUGACUUUGAGGAGGAGGGGGGUGAAGAGGACGGAUGUGGUGAGACUUCGCCGCAGGAGCAACCCACGAAUGUCGCCCGGAGGAACACCACGGGCGGACCGGGUGCAGCUGCGACUGCUCCGGCCUGGACAGUAGGCGCCGCUCGUGCAGCAGCAGCGCCUGCAGCGACGGCCAACCAUGCAGCCAUGGUUGCCCGGGGCUCGUCUCGCACGCAUUCCGGCCCGCUCGCCCACACCAUCCCCACCGAUCGCCACCCCUCCCGACGCCGCAGCCAGACGUGCAUCGACGCUGAGCUGAAGGAGUUCCUCGACCUCAUAGACGGGGAUGCGGACGAGGAGGAGGAGGAGAGGGGAGAGGCAAGAGUGAGCUUUUCCUUUGAUACGCCUCAACAGGUGGUUGUCCGUCCUGCUGCGGUUGGCGCUGGUUCGGCUUCCGCAUCAGCUGCCACACCAGCGUCAACAUCGGGUUUGGCAUCUGCUUUGGCAUCUGCCUUGGCUUCUGGUUCAAGUGGUGGUGGUGGUGCUACUGCUGCUCCUGCUGCUGCUGCCGCUGGGCCUCCCCUGGAUGGGUCUCGCGGGCACAGGCGGCGGCACAGCAUCACGUGCAUCGACACGGAGCUCAAGGAAUUCCUUGACCUGGUUGACCUGGAAGACGAGGGAGAGGAGGAGAGAGAGCAGGAGGGGUAUACUGGUGGCAUUGGCACGAUUUCGUGCCUCACCUCUGGUGCUAGUACCACAGCUCCUGCCUACCCGAAAGUGGUGCAUCUCCCAACACCGAUCAAGACUAGCCUAGAACCCUCUCUGUCUGCUCUGCUCGGUGUGGGAAGCAUGCAAACACCCUCUUCUGCCUCUGCCUCUGCCUCUGCUUUCUCUUCCACCCAAGAUGACCUGCCGCUUGGGUUCUCUGCCUCUCCUCCUGCACCCCUCUCUCCUGUUUCUCCAGUGUCUGCCAUACUAUCACCAGCAGCAUCACCAGCAGCAUCACCAGCAGCAGCACCUGUCCACGGCAUCAUCAGCAUGGUACAGAGCAAGCCACUGACGGCCGUGCGGAAACCGGCGGUAACAGGGAGAGCCAACGUCAGCCACUCCAGCAUCGCGUCUCUGUGGGCCGUCGCUUCUCACAGCCCCACAGUCGCUCAGUCACCGCGCCCUGCUGCUGCUAACAGCAGUGUUGCCAGCACAGGUGUUACAGCCACAGCUGCUGCCGCUCCUGCUGCUGCUGCUGCUGCAGGCAGGGCUGCUGGUCGUCCUGGCAAUGCAGCAGGAGUGAACCGCCGGCGCCUCUCCGUUGGCGAUCUGAGUGAAUUUGCUGGCGGCUUGGAGUCGUGCAGCUUGGGCGCCUCUAGCUAUGGCACUGGUGUAGCCAUGGCUGGUGCCAGCAGCAGCAGUGAGCAGCCCAGGGGGAUGUGCCUAGAUGAGGCCCGGAGGCUGGCUGGAGUCUGCUAUCCCUCUCUUGCUGACGCAUCCCCCGCUCCAGCUCCAGCUGGGUCGUUUACCCCUCGCUCUGCUUCUGGUCGCAAGCCAGGCGAAAAUAAUGCGGUAAGGGCGUCUGAGCCUGUCCAAGCUUCACCUAGGGCUGCCCAGGGGGGUUUCGUGAAACCCCUGUCAGGUAGUGCAAGGUUGUUGCGCCCUGGCACUCCCGGUGUGCCUGUGUUUGGAGGGAUGGCUGACGGCCCUGCCUUCCGUCAAGUUGCUGCUGGUUCUGCUUGGGUUGAAUCUGCUUCCGGUGGCUCACAAGCAAGGCCACAUCACAGGCGAAGCAGCAGUGCUAUUGCAGCCCCGCCGUCAUGUGAAUUCUCGGGUGCUUCCCCAGGAUUUGUGUAUAAUUCGGGACGCAUUUCACCCGUGGGUGCAUACUCCUCGAUCAGUGCUGUGGUUCAGAAGACAGGCUGUGCUACACGCUCCUUGUGUGAAUCUUCGAAUGCUCGGAAUGUCAACUCCCUUGCACAUGCCUUGGAGGCCGCUCAACUUGGGCAGGCGUAUGCCAAGCAUGUCGCAAUUGCCUAGUCGUUAUGCGAGGUUGUGGUUUGGUGUGUAGAAGUGAGUAUAAAUGUUAAUACUAGAU